AUGUCUGCAUCAGGCCGUCCCGACGAACUGUGGCGAACGACCCCCAUGGGGUCCGCUCGAAUGGCAGCUCUGGGCGACCGCGUCCUUCGAUACGCGAGGGAGGACAAGCAGAAGGCCUUGUCAUACCUCGUCGGUCUCGCCAAUGCCGAGACGACGAACAGUGGAGCGAACGCCAAUGGGUCACGAGACCGGGAGCAGGACGAUCGCGGCGAUGUAGCGGACGGGCACAUCCCUAGUCCCAAACAGAUCGAUAGAUUGCUCGAUCGAUGUGAGCUCUUCAGAAGACUCGAAAGAGUCCCAGCUUCCUCUCCAGAACAUAUUCCCCGCCUGCCAAUCGGCAUGUUCUCUCCCGGCGAGAUCAAGACAAAGGUCGAGUACGUUGCACGGCUGUGCAUUCUGGACAACCACGGAAGGCUACCUGAACCGGUAGGGUUGAUCGAAAUGAUGAUGGAUCGUAAUGAAGAGGGAAGACCAGAGCUCGAACGACAACAGCCGAGACGCCACGACGAGCCUGGGUUCGAAGCCUUACCCAAGCUCACCAUCGAGGAGGGAGGAGGAAAGAAGCUCAUCAGCGUCCGCCGAGUCGCCGAGCGCGACUUUCAGCCAGACGCUACCACAAGGGUACCUGCAGCUUCAUUCUUAGCUAAACCUCUCGACCAAUCUCUGGGACCGCCAGUCGAUCAGGGACUGCGUCAACGAAAUGCUAGAGAGUGA